UCUUAGAAACAAGAAAAUAUUGUACUUACUGUCGUGGAAAGACAUUCAUAGUGUUGUGUUAUUCUUUUGCUAGCAUAUUGGGCCCUGAGCAGCAGAAGCUAGAUUCAUUGGUCCUGUGGUCUAUGUCCAGUAGUCUCUCCAUCAGGUCCAGAUAUGGCUCCUCUUGGUCUAGAGACCUGUGAGGUUGUCUUUGCUCUUGCUCUCUAUUCCCACUCACUCACCACAGUACACAAUGAUAGAAAAAGGAUGGGAGGGUCAUAAUAAGCAAUAGAAAAAGGGAAAAAUGAGAAAUAGCAGCAAUUCCUGAUCUAUAAUAAUUUUGAAAUCUUUGUAGGAAGAUCUUGUAAAAGCCACCAGCUCCGGGUGUAGGAGAGAUUCCUUGAUUGGACCUUUAUUCAAUUAUAAAGGGAGGAACUUCCUCAUCCAUUGUUCUCUGACUCUUGGCCAUUAUUCUGCAGAAACCUCCGGGGCAUUCUUUUUCCAUUAACAUCCUUGGCCACGGAUGAAGUGUGAGCUUUGGGGGAAUAUUUCUUUUUUGGAAGGGUUAUUUAUUUAAAUUGUAAAGAAUUUUAAUAUUCCUGGAACUUCUGCAAAGGAUCUUUUUCAAUUUUGCUCAAGAGAAGGCUCUGGAUCUGUCAAGUGGCUCUUAAAGUCCUUUGUGUGGGUUAUAUAUAGAUGUUUUCAUGAAGAGAAGUGAAAAGCCAGAAGGAUAUAGACAAAUGAGGCCUAAGACCUUUCCUGCCAGUAACUACACUGGCAGCAGCAGGCAAAUGUUGCAAGAAAUUCGGGAAUCCCUUAGGAAUUUAUCCAAACCAUCUGAUGCUGCAAAGGCUGAGCAUAACAUGAGUAAAAUGUCAAUUGAAGACCCUCGACAAGUCAGAAAUCCACCCAAAUUUGGGACUCAUCAUAAAGCCUUGCUGGAAAUUCGAAAUUCUCUACAACCAUUUGCAAAUGAAACAAGUCGGAGUACUUCAGAGGUUAAUCCACAAAUGCUUCAAGAUUUACAAGCUGCUGGAUUUGAUGAGGAUAUGGUUAUACAAGCUCUUCAGAAAACUAAUAACAGAAGUAUAGAAGCUGCAAUUGAAUUCAUUAGCAAAAUGAGUUACCAAGAUCCACGACGGGAACAGAUGGUUACAGCAGCUGCCAGACCUAUUAAUGCCAGUUUGAAACCAGGGAGUGUGCAACAAUCAGUUAAUCGCAGACAAAGCUGGAAAGGUUCUAAAGAAUCUCUAGUUCCUCAGAGACAUGGCCCACCACUAGGGGAAAGUGCGACCUAUCGUUCGGAAAGUCCCAGCUCACAGACAGACAUAGGCAAACCUUUGUCAGGAUCUGGUAUAACAGCAUUUGCGCAAGUUCACCCUAACAAUGGACAGAGAGUGAACCCCCCACCACCUCCUCAAGUAAGGAGUGUCACUCCUCCACCACCCCCAAGAGGCCAGACUCCUCCUCCAAGAGGUACAACUCCACCUCCCCCAUCAUGGGAACCAAACUCUCAAACAAAGCGCUAUUCUGGGAAUAUGGAAUUCGUAAUUUCCCGAAUCUCUCCCGUUCCACCUGGAGCCUGGCAAGAAGGCUAUCCUCCACCUCUGAACACAGCCCCAAUGAAUCCUCCUAAUCAGGGACAGAGAGGCAUUAGUUCUGUUCCUGUUGGCAGACAACCAAUCAUCAUGCAGAGUUCUAACAAAUUUAACUUUGCACCAGGGAGACCUGGAAUUCAGAAUGGUAGUGGUCAAAAUGAUUUUAUGAUACACCAAAAUGUCCCUGCUGGUGCAGUGAAUCGUCAGCCACCCCCUCCAUAUCCUCUUACUGCAACUAAUGGACAGAGCCCUUCUGCUUUACAAACAGGAUCUGCUGCUUCUUCAUCAUAUACAAAUGGAAAUAUUCCUCAGUCUAUGAUGGUGCCAAAUAGAAAUAGUCAUAACAUGGAUCUUUAUAACAUUAGUGUACCUGGACUGCAAACAACUUGGCCUCAGUCAUCUUCCGCUCCAGCCCAGUCAUCCCCAAGCACCACGCAUGAAAUCCCUACAUGGCAACCUAACAUACCAGUGAGGUCAAAUUCUUUUAAUAACCCAUUAGGAAAUAGAACAAGUCAUUCUGCUAAUUCUCAGCCUUCAGCUACAACAGUUACUGCUAUCACACCAGCUCCAAUUCAACAACCCGUGAAAAGCAUACGCGUGUUAAAACCAGAGCUACAGACUGCUUUAGCACCUACUCACCCUUCUUGGAUGCCACAGCCAAUUCAAACUGUUCAACCUAGUCCUUUUUCUGAGGGCACCACCUCAAAUAUGACUGUAAUGCCACCUGUUGCCGAAGCUCCAAACUAUCAAGGUCCACCACCACCUUAUCCGAAACAUCUACUACACCAAAACCCAUCUGUUCCUCCAUAUGAAUCAAUCAAUAAAUCUAACAAAGAGGAUCAGCCGAACAUGCCCAAGGAAGAUGAGGGUGAAAAAAGUUAUGAAAAUGUUGAUAGUGGGGAUAAAGAAAAGAAACAGAUUACAACUUCACCUAUUACUGUUAGGAAAAACAAGAAAGAUGAAGAGCGAAGGGAAUCUCGUAUUCAAAGUUACUCUCCUCAGGCAUUUAAGUUCUUUAUGGAGCAACAUGUAGAAAAUGUUCUCAAAUCACAUCAGCAGCGUCUACAUCGUAAAAAGCAAUUAGAGAAUGAAAUGAUGCGGGUUGGAUUAUCUCAAGAUGCCCAGGAUCAAAUGAGAAAGAUGCUUUGCCAAAAAGAGUCUAAUUACAUCCGUCUUAAGAGGGCUAAAAUGGACAAGUCUAUGUUUGUGAAGAUAAAGACACUAGGAAUAGGAGCAUUUGGUGAAGUCUGUCUAGCAAGAAAAGUAGAUACUAAGGCAUUGUAUGCAACAAAAACUCUUCGAAAGAAAGAUGUUCUGCUUCGAAAUCAGGUCGCUCAUGUUAAAGCUGAGAGAGAUAUCCUGGCUGAAGCUGACAACGAAUGGGUAGUUCGUCUAUAUUAUUCAUUCCAAGAUAAGGACAAUUUAUACUUUGUAAUGGACUACAUUCCUGGGGGUGAUAUGAUGAGCCUACUAAUUAGAAUGGGCAUCUUUCCAGAAAAUCUGGCACGAUUCUACAUAGCAGAACUUACUUGUGCAGUUGAAAGUGUUCAUAAAAUGGGUUUUAUUCAUAGAGAUAUUAAACCUGAUAAUAUUUUGAUUGACCGUGAUGGUCAUAUUAAAUUGACUGACUUCGGCCUCUGCACUGGCUUCAGGUGGACACAUGAUUCUAAGUACUACCAGAGUGGCGACCAUCCACGGCAAGAUAGCAUGGAUUUCAGUAAUGAAUGGGGUGACCCCUCUAACUGUAGAUGUGGAGAUAGACUGAAGCCACUAGAACGGAGAGCUGCACGCCAGCACCAGCGAUGUCUAGCACAUUCUUUGGUUGGGACUCCCAAUUAUAUCGCCCCUGAAGUGUUAUUACGAACAGGCUAUACACAGUUAUGUGACUGGUGGAGUGUUGGUGUAAUUCUUUUUGAAAUGUUGGUGGGACAACCUCCUUUCUUGGCACAAACACCAUUAGAAACACAAAUGAAGGUUAUCAACUGGCAAACAUCUCUUCACAUUCCACUGAAAGCUAAACUGAGUCCUGAAGCCUCUGAUCUUAUAAUUAAACUUUGCCGAGGACCAGAAGAUCGCUUAGGCAAGAAUGGUGCUGAUGAAAUAAAAGCUCAUCCAUUUUUUAAAACAAUUGAUUUCUCCAGUGACCUGAGACAACAACCUGCUUCAUACAUUCCUAAAAUCACACACCCAACAGAUACAUCAAAUUUUGAUCCAGUUGACCCUGAUAAGUUAUGGAGUGAUGAUAAUGAGGAAGAAAAUGUAAAUGACACUCUCAACGGAUGGUAUAAAAAUGGGAAGCACCCUGAACAUGCUUUCUAUGAAUUUACCUUUAGGAGGUUUUUUGAUGACAAUGGCUACCCAUAUAAUUAUCCAAAACCUAUUGAAUAUGAAUAUAUUAAUUCGCAAGGCUCAGAGCAACAGUCAGAUGAAGAUGAUCGGCACACAGGCUCAGAGAUAAAAAAUCGUGAUCUAGUAUAUGUUUAACACACUAGGAAAUAAUUGUAAUGAGGAUUUGCAAAAAGGCCUGAAAUGCGGGGUUUUUGAGGCUCUGAGAGUAAAAUUAUGCAAAUGCGACAGAGCUGUGUGUAUGUGCUCUGUGCACAAUAUUUUAUGUUCCUAAAUUAUGGGAUAUCCUUUUAAAAUGUUAAUUUAUU